AUGUCAGUCAAUUGUGCACUUCCUGUACCACCAAAUUAUCGAAAAGCUGAAUUGACUCUUAAUCGUUAUAUAUCAUCUUCAACUUUUAAUCCAAUUAUAUAUUCUUUACUCAACGUUCUUGUUCAUGUUAAACAAUCUAAAGGAUUUAUUACUGAUGAAGCAAUUGAAAUGGCCUUAGAAAAUAUUAAAAAAUUCGAUCAAGAAACAAAUGAUCAUACUGAACCAUUAUUACGUGAAAUCAUUUAUGGUACAAAUUGUAAACCUGAUGAUAAAAAUUGUUCAAAUCAAAAUCAAUAUCAAAUGACUGAACCAACACCCGAUAUUAAGCAACGUAUUGUAGCUGCACUGGAUAGAUUUUUUGAAAAUAAUGAUGUUGAUGAUUAUUGA